CCGACAUUGAUUCCAAUGCACACCCCUGUAUGAUUAUAAAAACAUUGAAGAUGAUAUGGGGUGGAUCGACAGCUAAUCAGAUAGUUUUGGGAACUUCUGAACUUGAUCAGCACUGCCUGUGUGACCCUCCGUAUCAAAAACCUGUUCGCCCUCAAACUCACUAUGUAAGCAGUGAUUCAGAAGAGGCUUCGGGUUCCGAUCAAGAAUGGGUCGUGUUUCAUGGGGAUCGUUCCUCUAUCGACCGCAAAAUCGUUAAUCCUUCUAGUGACGAUGACUGGCAUGUUCUUAGUGAUAAUCUAAGUCCAACGGAAGAAAGUCUGAUUGUAUCUGAAAGUAACUCUGAGUUCGCCAGUGACUAUGAUUCUGAACCAGACCAAGCUCAGGAACACGCUGAAGAUUUUGUAAACCAAGAUUACGUCGACCAAACGCCUUCUCGCGACGGAGUUGGAAAUUUUAAUGAAACAUUUUCAGAUAUCUAUUUUGCGUCUAAUGAAACAAGCAACUUUUCUCCCGAAUUUGAAGAAAAUCAUACUUCUGAGGCAACGAAUCCCAAUAUCACAGAACCAGAUGUCUUUGAUUACAAAACUCAAAGCCAAAAUGUAAAUAUUUCCGAAACUAGAGUAAGAACUCUUGGCAGUGCGCGAGAUUCUUUAAUGUCCACAUUACGUAAUGUAUUCCGAAUUGAAGAGGAGGUUGUUUCAAUAAUUGAAAGGGAACAACCACCACAGGUUUAUCAACGACUUGCAGAAUCUGCCUCUGCUAACGCAAAGUUUGAAUUGGGUGAUUUAGGCAUGAUGAAUCCUAUUAAAUCAUUAGCAAAUGUGAACAACGAAAACAUAAAUGUUCAUUCCGAGAAAAAACAAGUGCAAUCUAUACAACUAUCCACUAUUGACAGUACACCUAUUUCUUAUUCGCGUUUAUCUUCCGGUAAUGCGUCCAUUAUUACUAGAUUGGGGAGUAGGCCCAAUGUACCAAAGGAUCCAAUGGCUGUCAAAUUCUCACCAACUAUACCCAAGGAUGCAAUAAACAAUAUAUUGACAAGCAAUAAUAUUAACAG